UAUUGAGAGCAAGCACGAAGUCACAAUCUUAGGAGGACUCAAUGAAUUUGUUGUGAAGUUUUAUGGACCACAAGGAACACCAUAUGAAGGUGGAGUGUGGAAAGUUAGAGUCGACCUUCCUGAUAAAUACCCUUUCAAAUCCCCAUCUAUAGGAUUCAUGAAUAAAAUUUUCCAUCCCAACAUUGACGAAGCGUCAGGAACUGUAUGUCUAGAUGUAAUCAAUCAAACUUGGACAGCUCUCUACGAUCUCACCAAUAUAUUUGAAUCGUUCCUGCCCCAGCUGCUGGCCUAUCCCAACCCUAUAGAUCCUCUAAAUGGUGAUGCUGCAGCCAUGUACCUCCACCGACCAGAAGAGUACAAACAGAAAAUUAAAGAAUACAUUCAGAAAUAUGCAACAGAAGAAGCACUAAAAGAACAGGAAGAAGGCACCGGGGACAGCUCAUCUGAGAGCUCCAUGUCCGACUUCUCGGAAGAUGAGGCUCAGGAUAUGGAGUUGUAGUAGAAGAGGCAACCUGCUUUUCAGAGAGACUCUUAAUUUCCUAACCAUGAGAAGCAGACUAUAAUAUUCAUAUUUAAACAAAGCAAUUUUUUUUAUUACUAAACAAGGUUUUUAUGAAUAAUAGCAUUGAGAUAUAUAUAUCACCCUUUAGAUCUUGAUUUUCUUGGUCAUUUCUCGAACCCGAGGUGCAUAGCAUAUUCCCACAUUCCAUUUUGGUAGCAAUAUGCAGCCCGAAUGCAUGCAUUCAAAUUCCAUUUGGCCAAGUCAACUUGUGUGCUACUGAACUGUCAGCUAAAACAGCUGCCCUGGUAGGUAGGGAGUUAGUCAAAAGAGAUGUUUGCUUUCUUUAUCAAAGGUUUCCAAAGACACCACCUUGGAUGCUAACGUGGAACAGCGUUUUCUCAAAGCCUAAAGUCUGGGGGAUGAUAUACUUAAGCGUGUAGAUCAGACAGUGGAAUAAAAAGGUGCUCCUUCAGGUCAACCUUGCUGAUCCUACUUCACAUGGAGUCACAUUAAAAACCCAGUAAGAGAUAAUACAACUGCAUGGAGCUAUUUGAGAGCAUUGAAGCUUAAACUAAGUUGACUUGGAUUUGAAGGCUGUUUUUCCUAUGUGGACUCCUGCCUGCCCUUCUGAACUGUAGGGACUGACAACCACUGGUCUAUUUGCUUUUUUGGGACUAUUGAAAGCCUUUCAUCUGGAUGUUACUCACUUUCUUGGUGUUGGAUUACCAGCUGUUCCCUUCGUGGG